AUGUCAAUCAUGUUUGAAGUUGCUGAAGGAGGAUUCUUGGAUAUUGAUGUUAAGGUAUGUUUUUGUUAGUAUUUUUUUAUGUUUUUAGAUUCAUGUUUCGAGAGAAAUUGGAGGUAGAAUAUUACUAGAAGUUUAUAUGUUCUUAGAAACUAUAUUUUUUUUGCAAAAAAGCACUAUUGGCCCGUUAACAUAUAUCUUUAUGGACAACCUGGAGCUGAAUUUCAAGUUAUAUUUCAGAUCACAGGCCCAGAUAAUCAAGAAGUAUACAAAGGAGAACGUGAAUCUAAUGGACGAUAUGCCUUUGCUGCCCACAUGGAUGGAAUCUACAACUUCUGUUUUGGAAACAAGAUGUCUACAAUGACACCGAAGGUUGUCAUGUUCACUAUCGAUAUUGGAGACAAAAAUGCUGAACAAGCUGCUGCCGCUGAUCCUUCCCAUGAUGCUGAAAGUGCUAAAUUGGGCGAGAUGGUUAAGGAAUUGGCAGGAAGUUUGACAUCUGUCAAGCACGAACAGGAGUACAUGGAAGUCAGAGAAAGAGUUCACAGAUCCAGUAAGUUUUGGUGUGAAUUUAUGGUUUAUAUUGUUAUUAAUGUUACUAUAGUACUAUAUUUCAGUCAAUGAAAACACCAACAGCCGCGUCGUCCAAUGGGCCGUUUUUGAAGCCAUUGUUAUUGUAGGCAUGUCAAUCGGCCAAGUGUAUUACCUCAAGCGCUUCUUCGAAGUUCGAAGGGUUGUCUAA